AGAAGUAUUUGAGGAAUGGAGCAGAAGGAUUUCAGAGAUAAAGGCGAGUUUCGGCGCUAUCUCCACUGGGGACCAAUCGUCAUAUUGAGCCUCACCGUAUUCGUCACCUGCACCACGGUCCACAUGAACUGGAUGUGGUGGCCGCUGGACCAAUACUGGGGAUCUUGGGUGAACUACGUCCUGAUCUGGGUGCACAUGUUCGCCAUGAUCUACAACUUUGUGCGGACUCUAAUGGUGGGACCUGGCUACGUCCCCAAGAAGUGGCAGCCGAAGAAGAGGCAGGACACCAAGUUCCUGCAGUACUGCAAGCGCUGCGAAGGAUACAAGCCACCGCGGUCGCACCACUGCCGCCGCUGCGAUCGCUGUGUGAUCAAGAUGGACCACCACUGUCCCUGGGUCAACAACUGUGUGGGCUGGUCCAACCAGGCCAGCUUCUUCUACUUCCUCCUGUUCUUCCUGUCUGCCAGCGUGCAGGGAGGCAUCAUAACUACCGCCGCUAUGUUUCGGGGCAUUUCCAAGCGCUACCUCAUUAUCAACAAUAUGCAUCACCUGGCCACCGUAGACUUGACCAUACUUAGCUGCGUGGCCUGUACCAUAUCCCUGGGCAUUUACAUUGGCAUGGGAUUCGCCAGUAUCAAGCUGCUGCAUAUGCAACUGAAGCUGAUCUUCACAAACAAAACGGAGAUCGAGCGAUGGAUCAUAGAGAAGGCCAACUAUCGCCGUGAUAUGUUUUGUAAGAAAAAGCAGAAGCCCUUUGUGUACCCGUACGAUCUUGGCUGGCAGCUGAACUACCGGGAGGUGUUUGUGCCGUCUGGUGAUGGCUUCUGCUGGCCAGUUCUGCCCGGUUGCAACCAGUACACUCUGACCAUGGAGCAGUUGGAGCAGAAGAAGGAGAAGCGGGCGCGAACCCAUCCGUUCAGAUGCACUCGUCCUGUCACCGGUUACUGCCUCCCGUUCAUAUCCCAGGGCAUAUGGGUAUGCCUGACUAUACCCUGUAACGAUGAUCCUCGCAUUGCUCUGGAGCCCGGAGAUCUCAUCCGGGUGACUCGCGCUCAUAAGCUUUGGUUGUACGGGGAGAGAGUGAUUUCGGAGGAGGGAAUGGUCGAGGGAAAACAACGUCCUGGUCCCAUUAGAGGCUGGUUUCCCCGUGCCUGUGCGCAGAUGAUCAUGGAUGACGACUCGGAUGCCGAACUGGCUAUUCCGAAAACCUUCGUUGUUAAAAAUAAGACCGAUGGAAAUCUAAAAAAUGAGAAAGAGGCAUGUGGAGAUGUCCCACAAGCAGAUGAAGACAAGAAUGAAGCAAUCAAUCCAUCCUUUAAGCGGACUCUAGAACUCAUCGAAAACGACAAUUGUCCAAAUCUGGAAGAUGAGAAUCCUCCAUGGGACGGAAAGGAAGCUGAAUAUGAUUUCGGUGAAUGCAAGGACGAAUCUUCCCGUCUUGGGGAGAACCCCUGGCAAGAUGGAACACGAAAACGAGCUCUUUAAAGGGCAUUCUGUUCGGCGACAUGGACCACAGAAAAAUCACCCAUUUCCAGUCGCCGCAAUGAAAUUGCUUUGGUCAGCCGCGGCAUUAAUCUCUUAGUGCGUAAUGCUUAAUACUUUUCAAUAAUGCAUUAAUAAAUAAAUACUUUCGUCGCGGCAGCAA